AUGCACCACUUUGGGCAGACGACGAGCAGCAGCAGCACGACGACGGUGUCGAGCACGACGACGACGUCGACGUCGACCCGCGCCGUCGAGCACGAGCACGAGCACGAGCACGAGCACCACCACCCGCACGUGCUCGACGCCCCUGCGCCGGCCCCAGUCCCGGUCCCGGUGGCGGCGGUGCAGUACGUGGCGGUGCGGGCGGUCGAGCACGCAGAGGAGGACGAGGUGGAGUACAUCUACUACCGCAUCUCCACCGCGGACAACGUCGCGCUCCCGUCCGCGCACGCCUUCCGCGAGGACGAGCGCGCGCUCGGCCGCGUGCCCCGGCAGCGCGCGCGUCUCCUCGGCGAGACGAAGAAGGACACGCAGAUGACCGCGUACGAGCUCGCGCGCGCGCUUUCAAAGCUCGAGGACAACAGGGAGCUCCUCAACGCGACCGUGCACACCGCGCGCGGCCCGCUCGCCGACGGCGACGCGCUGGGCUACCGCGCGGGCGCGUCCGCCGCCGCCGCGCUCGACGUCGUGCUCGCGCUCGACAAGGCGCGCCUCGACUUCGCGCAGGGCAAGGGCCCGCAGCCCACGCCCGAGCAGCUCGCGCAGGGCCAGCGCGACUUCGCCGCGUUCAACGACCAGAUGGGCGGGCUCAUGGGCCAGAUGAUGGGCGCGCACAACGCGUUCGCCGGCCGCGAGCCGCAGCCGCCGGCCGCGCUCGCGGGGAUGCCCGGGAUGGGCGGCGGGAUGUUCGGCGCGGGCGGACCGGGCGCGGGCGGGAUGGGAAUGGGCGGAAUGGGCGGUAUGUUCGGCGGCGCGGGGGGCAUGGACAUGUUCGGCGGUGGCAUGGGUGGCAUGGGCAGUAUGGGGAGUAUGGGCGGGAUGUUCGGCGGCGGCGCACCCGGGGGGAUGCCCGGCCCCGGCGCAGCACCCGGUUCCGGUGCCGGCGCAGGCACGGGGAGCACGACCUCCAUGUUCGGCGCCGCGGCCAUGUUCGGCCAGCAGCACUAA